AGCGUGUCGGUAACCAAGCAGCCGCAUUGCUGCUACACUCGCAAUGUCAUCUCACCGUAGGCACAUUGAGAGCGAACAUUUCGAAGCGCUAUCGGCUGUAGGUUGUCGACCGUUGUUUGACAGCUGCAGCUAAGGAGCAUAGUACUCAUAGAUUUGACUUGACUUGACUCUCGUCUAUGCCUUGUAGUUGUCGUUGUCGUUGUCGUCGUCGUCGUCGAUACUCUUUGUGGAAUACGGCACCCGAAAUACAAGUAUAGACUAUGAAAAACAGUGAGCGUGCCGUAAAAACGCUGUGCUAUUCGCCAUACGAGAGCCGUGCCCGCUUCUAGUAGACAUUGAACUUUAGCACAACAAGGUGGUUAAUAUUUGGAGCGGCUGCCAAAAUGUUUUGUGUAUUUGCAAGAAGAAAUUGAAAUUAGUCAAACUGAAAAAGCACAGUCACAGUCACAGUCACAGUCGCAGUCACAGCUUGGGCGCAUAUACUAUACAACGGGCAGCGGUAGUAGCUAGCACCACCACACACUAGCCAAGCCAAGGCAUUAGCAUUCAAUUAAAACAAAGAAGUGAAGUAGUUAGUGGUCGCAGCUGCAGUUACACAAAAAAAGUCUGAAUGUGUGUACUCGUUUGAAGUGUGAAAAAAGUUUCUCGCAGAAACCGAAAGGUAACAUAAAGAAAAAAAAAAAAGUAAAACACGAAUUGAGCAGGCACAUCUACUCAGCAUUUUCAUUGGCUUAUCAAGAGCGUGAAAUUGAGAGCGCGCGUCGCCAUCGCUGCCUCCUGCUCUGAGUUCAAGGAAUGUGAGAAAAAACUGCACGAGUACACCCGACAGGAUAAUACCAUACUAAACAGAAAAAAAAAAUUUAAAUAGCAGCAAAAUUGAAUGGCGCAGCAAAAGAACAAGUCGAAUUGGAACUGGUUCAACCUGCAUAGCAAGCUCACUAUUGAGCGUGUUUGUAGCGCUGCGACGCUUUUUGGCACUUUGGCCUUGGUGUGUUGUCGAGCUUUUACGCAGGUCCUUCUUUCUGUUCAACUGCUGCGUGAGCGCGUGUUCUAAAAUAUUCGCCGUGUAGCUACAGAAAACACACCUUCCAAUUAUGCACUACAUACAUCUGCACUAUGCAAGUUUUUUUCAAAACGAUAAUAAUCAUAACUACAAGGAUAUUUUACUUAUGAUGAUGACGGUAACAUGCAUACGUGCUCACAUACAUACAUACAUAUGUAUAAGGAGUAGGAAUUUGUGAAUAUGCUGCUGGAUACUUUCGUAGAUUUACGUCCGGUAUGAAUAUGUUCAAUUCGCCGCGAUACGCAUCGAGUACCUCCCCCCCCAAAAAGGUGCGAGACGGGGCAGCUAAAGAAGUAGAAGAAGUAGCAGUGGCAGUGGAAGCAACAACAAAAGAAAGCACCAACUACUCCAAUGAAGGCGACAAUAACGUAUUCACCGCCUAGCUUGAAUUCGUAUCAAAAUGUUCCUCAUGCAGAAUGCACAACAACAACAACAACAAAAACAAAAAUUAAAACAGAAACAGAAACAGCACUAAACAUUAAAGUAAGAUGCGUAGAUGUGGUAGACAGCGAUCAGGACGACGACGCCAGCUAUGGUCACGACAGUCCCAAUGCAACCGACAGUGGUAGGAGACAGCCGUGGAGUCACAGUCAUAUCCACAGUCAUAGCCACAGCCACAGCCACAGCCACAGCCACGCUCAUAGCCACAAUGAAACACAAGUUGUCACUAGGGGCGACAGCAUGGGCGCGAAUUUGAGAAGCAAUUGCUGUCAGCGCGAACAUAAAAAUUAUCGCAAACAUGUGAUGUCCCAACUGCCAAGUUGUACGAGGGACAACAUCCGCACGUUACCAGCGCCUGCCAGAAGCGAGCGAGAACGCCGCCAGGCGCAAUAUUCACGCAACUAUACGGUAUAUUUAGCAACGCAAGUCAAGACAUCAAGAAGAAUGCAGAGGACGUGUGAAGAUUUUGCAAUAUCACCAAAGUUGCAAUUGGCAAAUGCGGCGGAGAUUAGAGGAACCGCGUUGACAACCACGCUGCAGCCAGUUACAUUGAGCACAACAGCAAGCAAAGUUGAGAGGUCUGAAUUUGGUGACUGCAUUAACUCAAAAUCUGGCUCACAACAAAGACUAUCAACAACAAAAGCGAUAUGGGCAACAACACCAGCAACGGUGUCAUCAGCGCAAUCAACGUCUUCAACAUUAUCGUCGUCGUCAUCUUCAACAUCAACGCCGUACAACAGCUAUGCGGCGUCAAGCACAUUAAAGACAACACCACCCCCUUGCCUAGAGGAUAAUUUUAGUUUAAGUAACAAAAGACAAUUAGUUAUGCCAAUUGAAGAGGAGAAUAGAUUAGGAAAUGUCGGUGCUGGAGCACAAUCCCGAGAGUACCGAGAGAUGCCAGUGAAACGACCACUGCUAACGAUGCAAACAAUCGCACAACCAAAGCAAUCACAAGCACAAUGGCGGCAUAGAAUACUGUGGCGACCCACUUCUGCGCCACUGCGAGUGGGCAUGGAAGAGACAUUUGAAUUUCUCGCCUCAGCAAUUAAUGCAAGAAAAAAUGCUUUGGCGUCUGGGGUCGCCCACAUAAAUGCCGCGCUCCGUGCUGCUGGGGCAACAUUAAGAGGAAAUUCGCAAACAACGACAACUUUAGACUGCAGGUGCUUUAAGGAAAAUAGUGAUAUUUGUACGGUGGCUGAUCGAAAGGCGGUGAAAGAAGCAAACAAAGAAGAGGAAUUCAAUGGAAUGUGUGGCCAAGAGGAAAUGCGUGAUUUGAUGGAGUACAAUAGUCGGCGACUGGGUAGCCAGCAACACCCACACCAAAAUCAACUACAACGACACAAUUUUCUAGAUGUAAUACCACUGCUGUCGCGAAAGAGCCUCUACUCUCUGGGUAUAAUGGGUGUGCCGCCUUGGUCAACAAAACUAUUGGUUUUAUCGCUGCUCAUGCUGGCUAUUGCUUCACCGGCCAACUGCUGGACAGGACGGCCAGAUGUUCCAACAAAUUGCACUUUUCCUGCGCGUUGGGAAGGUUCGUGGUUCCUAUCGGGCUACCAGCAAUCUAUUCAUAUUAAGGGAUCACAAUUCAGUUAUCGCGGUAAAUGUGCGGCCUCGGAUGGUAACAAAUAUUUGAUUGUUGACGAGAAAGGAUGUCAUCGGUGCCUGGUUAUCUAUGAAAAACAUAAGAAUGUUCUUCAAUAUAAAGAAAGUGAGUGCGAAGGUGAUAGUAUGUAUAUGCAUCAAACGAAUCCAUCUGCCUUGGCGAUGCGUAGCGUUUUAAAACAAAGCGAACAUAGG